AUGGUCUGCAUAGACCAAACCACGGGAUCCAAAACUGCAGGAGGCGAACCCUUUGUGACACUAACUAAGACGAGGAGGUUUGAGGGAAAGGUGUUUUUUGGGGUGCAUAUGGGAUUGCAGCAGCAGGAGGAUGAGAAAAAGGGGGAGGAGGAGGCGGAAGGGGGUGUUGGAAGUGGUAAUUUGAAAGUUGUGAAGAUUAGGGUGGGGGAUGUGGUGAGGCCUUCUUAUUUGUGA